AGUCAGGCGCGGGAGCGAGGCGCGCUCGCAGAGCCCAGCUCCAGCACCGCCGCCGGCUGCGAGCCCGGGCACCGACUCCGCGGGACUCGCUUUGCGAUGGGACACCUGUGGCUCCUGGGGACUUGGUGCCUUUGCGGGCUGCUCCUGUGUGCCCUGGAACUCCGCUCAGAUGGCUCUGAAAUAAUUCCCAAAGUCGCAGAAGUAAUGCCCAAAUAUGGUAGCAUAAAUGGAGCAACAAGGCUAACUAUUAAAGGGGAAGGUUUUUCUCAAGCAAACCAGUUUAACUAUGGAGUUGAUAACACUGAGUUGGGAAACAGUGUGCAAUUAGUUUCUUCUUUCCAGUCAAUUACUUGUGAUGUAGAAAAAGACGCAAGUCAUUCAACUCAAAUUACAUGCUAUACUAGAGCAAUGCCAGAAGAUUCCUACACUGUUAGAGUCAGUGUGGAUGGGGUUCCCAUUGCAGAAAAUAACACCUGCAAAGGUCACAUCAACAGCUGGGCAUGCAGCUUCAAUGCAAAAAGUUUCAGAACUCCAACAAUAAGGAGCAUCACACCUUUAUCUGGAACUCCAGGUACACUAAUAACAAUCCAAGGCAGACUCUUCACUGAUGUCUACGGAAGUAACACUGCACUAAGCUCAAAUGGGAAAAAUGUUAGGAUUUUGAGAGUUUAUAUUGGAGGAAUGCCCUGUGAGCUUCUCAUACCACAAUCUGAUAAUUUGUAUGGUCUAAAAUUAGAUCAUCCAAAUGGUGACAUGGGUUCUAUGAUUUGUAAGACUACUGGAACUUAUAUUGGUCAUCACAAUGUCAGCUUCAUCUUAGACAGUGAUUAUGGAAGGAGUCUCCCAGAGAGAAUGGCAUAUUUUGUUUCUUCUCUCAAUAAAAUUUCAAUGUUUCAAACAUAUGCAGAGAUCACUACGAUUUCACCUUCACAGGGAAGCGUUCGAGGUGGCACCACACUAACAAUAAGUGGACGGUUCUUCGAUCAGACAGAUUUCCCAGCCAAAGUUCUGGUGGGAGGUCAAGCUUGUGAUAUUUUGAAUGUCACAGAAAAUAGUAUACUUUGCAAGACACCCCCCAAACCUCAAAUUCUCAAAACUGUCUAUCCAGGUGGGAGAGGCUUGAAGCUUGAGGUGUGGAAUAAUAGCCGGCCAGUACAUCUUGAAGCAAUACUUGAAUACAAUGAAAAAACACCAGGGUACAUGGGUGCCAGUUGGGUAGAUUCGGCUUCCUAUAGCUGGCCCAUGGAACAAGACACAUUUGUCGCACGCUUCAGUGGAUUUUUGGUGGCUCCAGAAUCUGAUGUUUAUAUAUUCUACAUCAAAGGUGAUGACCACUAUGCUCUUUAUUUCAGCCAGACUGGACUUCCAGAAGAUAAGGUGAGGAUUGCAUAUCAUUCUGCCAAUGCCAACAGUUAUUUUUCCAGUCCAACACAAAGAUCGGAUGGCAUUCAUCUUCAAAAAGGAAAAGAGUAUUAUAUUGAAAUCUUGCUGCAAGAGUAUAGAUUGAGUGCUUUUGUUGAUGUCGGACUGUACCAGUAUAGAAAUGUUUAUUCUGAACAACAAACAGGAGAUGCUGUAAAUGAAGAACAAGUUAUUAAAUCCCAGUCAACAAUCAUCCAGGAAGUGCAGGUUAUAACAUUGGAAAACUGGGAAACAACUAAUGCAAUUAAUGAAGUUCAGAAGAUCAAGGUAACCAGCCCAUGUGUGGAAGCUAAUUCAUGUUCACUUUAUCAAUAUAGAUUAAUCUAUAACAUGGAAAAAACUGUCUUGCUGCCUGCUGAUGCUUCUGACUUCCUACUCCAGUCAGCCUUAAAUGACCUUUGGUCUAUAAAACCAGAUGCAGUUCAAGUGACAAGAGCACAGAAUCCCCAGAGCUGUAUCUACACAAUAACCUUUAUAUCAGCUAGAGGAGACUUUGAUCUGCUUGGUUAUGAAGUAUUUGAAGGGAAUAAUGUCACACUGGAUAUUACAGAACAAACCAAAGGAAAACCCAGCUUGGAGACAUUCACACUGAAUUGGGAUGGGAUUGUGUCUAAGCCUCUUACUCCACAGUCAUCAGAAGCUGAAUUUCAGGUAGCAGUGGAAGAAAUGGUUAGCACUAAGUGUCCACCAGAAAUUGCAAAUUUUGAAGAAGGAUUUGUUGUGAAAUACUUCAGAGACUAUGAAACUGAUUUUAACCUGGAGCAUAUUAAUCGAGGGCAGAAGACAGCUGAAACUGAUGCUUACUGUGGUCGUUACUCCCUGAAAAACCCAGCUGUUCUUUUUGAUUCAGCAGAUGUUAAGCCAAACAGACUACCAUAUGGAGACAUUUUAUUAUUUCCUUAUAAUCAGUUGUGUUUAGCAUACAAAGGAUUCCUGAAAAAUUAUAUUGGUCUAAAAUUCAAGUACCAAGACAAUGGCAAGGUUACUAGGAGCACUGAUAAACAAUUUACAUAUAACUUUGCUCAUGGAAACAACUGGACCUAUACUUGCAUAGAUCUUCUGGAUCUCAUACAAACCAAAUACACUGGAACAAAUUUUUCUCUUCAAAGAAUUAGUCUACAGAAAGCAUCAGAAUCACAGUCCUUCUACGUGGAUAUAGUAUACAUUGGGCAGACAUCUACAAUCUCAACAUUGAAUGGAAUGCCAAAGAGAAGACUUCCUGCAUUAGCAAAUAAGGGAAUAUUUUUAAAGCACUUUCAGGUGAAUCAGACCAAAACAAAUGGAUCAACUGUGACAAACCAAUAUUCUGUUACCAUGACUUCAUAUAAUUGCAGUUAUAAUAUACCCAUGAUUGCUGUGAGCUUUGGGCAGAUAAUUGCACACAAGACUGAGAAUGAGUCUGUUUACAGAGGAAGCAAUUGGCCAGGGGAGUCAAAAAUUCGUAUUCAAAGAAUUCAAGCAGCAUCACCACCUCUAAGUGGCAGCUUUGACAUUCAAGCUUAUGGACAUAAUCUCAUAGGCCUCCCUGCUGCUGUGUCAGCCGCAGAUCUACAGUUUGCUCUCCAGAGUCUGAAAGAAGUGGGAAGAGUCUCAGUUACACGAGAGGGAACUUGUGCUGGGUACUCAUGGAACAUCCAAUGGAGAAGCACAUGUGGAAAGCAGAAUCUUCUACAGAUUAAUGAUUCCAACAUUAUUGGAGAAAAGGCUAAUAUGACAGUUACAAAGAUAAAGGAAGGUGGCUUGUUCAGACAACACAUACUUGGAGACCUACUUCGUACACCCAGUCAACAUCCACAGGUUGAAGUCUAUAUCAAUGAAAUUCCAGCUAAAUGUUCAGGCGAUUGCGCAUUUACGUGGGAUUCCAGGAUUACUCCCUCAGUCUUGGCCACAAGCCCUCAUCAAGGGUCCUAUGAAGAAAGCACGAUUUUAACCAUAGUAGGUUCUGGAUUUUCUCCUAGUCCAGCUGUGUCAGUCUCAGUUGGCCCAAUAGGUUGCCCUCUUCUUUCUGUGGAUGAAAAUGAGAUCAAGUGCCAGAUUCUGAAUGGAAGUGCUGGCCGUGCUCUGAUUGCUGUGUCUGUAGCUGGUUUUGGCCUGGCACAGAGUGUAGGGGUUGAGAACUUCCACUUUGUUUAUCAGAGUAAGAUCUCACACAUCUGGCCUGAUUCUGGAAGCCUAGCAGGUGGUACUCUGCUGACUCUAUCUGGAUUUGGCUUUAAUGAAAAUUCCAUGGUAUUAGUUGGAAAUGAAACCUGCAAUGUAAUUGAAGGGGAUUGGAAUGGGAUAACCUGCAGGACACCAAAAAGAAUUGAGGGUACAGUUGAUAUUUCAGUCAUUACCAAUGGAUUUCAAGCCACAGCAAAGGAUGCUUUUAGUUAUAAUUGUUUACAGACACCAGUUAUAACUGACUUUAGUCCAAAAGUACAGACAAUAUUAGAAGAAGUUAAUUUAACAAUUAAGGGUUAUAACUUUGGAAAUGAACUCACACAAGAUAUGGUGGUGUAUGUUGGAGGAAAAACCUGCCAAAUUCUUCACUGGAACUUCACAGAUAUUAGAUGCCUUUCGCCCAAAUUGUCUCCUGGAAAACAUGAUAUCUAUGUAGAAGUCAGAAACUGGGGUUUUGCAUCAACAAGAGACAAGUUAAAUGCUUCAAUACAAUAUGUUUUGGAAGUGACCAACAUGUUUCCACAGAGAGGAUCCUUGUAUGGUGGAACUGAAAUCACUGUAAUGGGUUUUGGAUUUAGCCCGAUACCAACUGAGAAUACUGUGCUCUUAGGGUCCUUCCCUUGCAAUGUUAUAUCAUCAUCUGAAAAGGUCAUAAAAUGUACACUUCAGUCAACAGGGAAUGUAUUCAGGAUUACCAACAACGGGGAAGAUUCAGUACAUGGAUUAGGUUAUGCCUGGUCACCUUCAGUCUUAAACAUAUCUGUGGGGGACACAGUGACAUGGCACUGGCAAACACAUCCAUUUCUUAGGGGGAUAGGAUACAGAGUUUUCUCUGUCUCCACUCCUGGAAGUGUAAUUUACGAUGGCAAAGGAUUUAUGAAUGGAAGACAGAAAUCUAAGUCAGGUUCAUUUUCUUACCAAUUUACUUCACCUGGAAUCCAUUAUUAUAGCAGCGGGUAUGUUGAUGAAGCUAACUCCAUUUUUCUCCAAGGAGUUAUUAACGUUUUGCCAGCUGAAUCCAGGCACAUUCCCCUGCACCUGUUUGUGGGUAGCACAGAAGCCACAUAUGCUCAGGGAGGACCUGAGAUUUUGCACUUGGGAAGCUCUGUGGCAGGCUGCCUAGCAACAGAACCCGUGUGUGGCCUGAAUAAUACCGGGGUUAAAAAUUCAAAAAGAUUGCUAUUUGAGCUUUCAAGUUGUUUUUCACCAUCUAUAAGCAACAUUACUCCAUCCACUGGAACAGUAAAUGAAUUGAUAACAAUUACUGGACAUGGCUUCAGUAAUCUCACAUGUGCUAAUAAGGUUACAAUUGGUGGCUACCCCUGUGUUGUAGAAGAAAGUAAUGACAGUUCUAUUAUGUGUCAUAUUGACCCUCAAAACUCAAUGGAUGUUGGUAUCAGAGAAAUUGUCACUGUGACAGUCUACAACUUUGGCACUGCUAUCAAUAUACUGUCCAAUGAAUUUUAUAGACGAUUUGUACUUUUGCCAAACAUUGACAUGGUGUUGCCAAAUGCAGGAUCAACUACAGGAAUGACAAGAGUGACCAUAAAAGGCUCUGGAUUUGCAGUCUCUUCUGCAGGUGUAGAAGUCCUUAUGGGUCAUCUCCCAUGUAAAGUUCUAUCAGUGAAUUAUACAGCCAUUGAAUGUGAAACAUCCCCUGCUCCGCAACAUCUCGUGAUUGUAGAUCUUCUCAUACAUGGAGUGCCUGCCCAGUGUCAGGGGAACUGCAGCUUUUCAUAUUUAGAAAGCAUCACUCCUUAUAUAACCAGAGUAUUCCCAGACUCUAUCCAAGGAUCUGAGAGAGUUCUUAUUGAAGGAGAAGGUUUUGGAACUGACUUGGAGGAGAUUACUGUUUUCAUUGGAAAUCAACAGUUCAGAGCAAUAGAUGUUAAUGAAAGUAAUAUCACUAUUCUCGUGCCUCCUCUCCCAGCUGGACUUCAUUCUAUUAUUGUUGUGGUGGGAACUAAAGGCUUGGCUCUGGGAAACCUGACUGUCAGCAGCCCUGCAGUAGCAUCUGUCUCACCAACUUCUGGAAGCAUUGGUGGUGGAACCGUUUUGGUGAUCACAGGAAACGGCUUCUAUCCAGGCAAUACCACAGUCACUAUUGGGGAUGACCCCUGUCAAAUUAUUUCUGUAAACUCCAGUGAAAUCUACUGCCACACUCCAGCCGGGACAGCUGGAAUGGUCAGUGUUAAAAUCUUGGUUAAUGCAAUUGCUUAUCCACCUUUACCAUUUACAUAUACCCUAGAAGAUACUCCGUUUCUCAGAGGAAUUGUCCCAAGCAGAGGUCCUCCAGGAACUAUAAUUGAGAUCACUGGGUCUAACUUUGGUGUUGAGAUCUUGGAAAUUUCCGUGAUGAUAAAUAAUAUCCAGUGUAAUGUAACCAUGGUUAAUGACAGUGUGUUGCAGUGCCUCACUGGCGAUCAUGCUGGUGGCAUUUUCCCUGUUAUGAUGCAUCAUAAGACAAAAGGCUCUGCUGUAUCCACAGUUGUAUUUGAGUAUCCACUUAAUAUUCAAAAUAUUCAUCCAAGCCAAGGGAGCUUUGGUGGUGGUCAAAUCUUGACUGUGACAGGCACUGGGUUUAAUCCACAAAAUUCAAUUAUAUUAGUUUGUGGCUCAGAAUGUGCAAUUGACAGGCUUAGAUCUGAUUACAGAACUUUAUUAUGUGAAAUUCCACCUAAUCAUGGCAGGGGACCUGAGCAAGCCUGUGAAGUGAGUGUGGUCAAUGGGAAUGACAUGUCACAGUCCACCACGCCGUUUACCUACAUGGAGUCACUGACUCCAUUUAUCACUGCAGUAUCUCCCAAGAGUGGCAGUACAGCAGGGGGCACCAGACUGACCGUCGUGGGAUCAAGAUUCAGUGAAAACAUGGAGGAUGUUAACAUCACUAUAGCUGAAGCCAAAUGUGAUGUUGAGUAUUCCAACAAGACACACAUCAUCUGCAUGACGAAUGCCCAUACUCCUUCAGGGUGGGCUCUAGUUCAUGUCCACAUCAGAAGCAUUGGCAUGGCCCAGCUGGAUAACGCUGACUUUCUAUAUAUUGAUGCGUGGUCCUCCAAUUUCUCCUGGGGAGGGAAAUCUCCCCCAGAAGAAGGAUCCCUUGUUGUUAUUACAAAAGGACAGACGAUUCUACUGGAUCAAAGCACCCCUAUUCUGAAAAUGUUGCUUAUUCAGGGUGGAACUCUAAUAUUUGAUGAAGCUGACAUUGAACUCCAGGCAGAAAAUAUUCUAAUUACAGAUGGAGGCAUUCUUCAGAUUGGGACGGAAGCAUCCCCAUUUCAACACAAGGCUGUCAUUACUUUGCACGGGCAUCUGCGAUCUCCUGAGCUCCCUGUGUAUGGUGCCAAAACACUGGCUGUGAGAGAGGGAAUCCUGGAUCUGCAUGGUCUGCCUGUUCCUGUGAUCUGGACUCAUUUGGCUCAUACUGCAAAGGCAGGGGAAAGAACUUUGAUUUUACAAGAAGCAGUUACAUGGAAAGCAGGAGAUAACAUUGUAAUUGCAAGCACAGGACACAGACAUAGUCAACGAGAGAAUGAGAAAAGGACCAUUGCAUCUGUAUCUGUUGAUGGCAUAAACAUAACACUAACUAAUCCACUGAAUUACACACACUUAGGAAUUACUGUCACACUCCCUGAUGGAACUCUGUUUGAAGCAAGGGCAGAAGUUGGAAUUCUUACAAGAAAUAUUUUAAUAAGAGGAUCUGAUAAUGUAGAGUGGAAUAACAAAAUCCCACCAUGUCCUGAUGGAUUUGACACAGGUGAAUUUGCUACACAGACAUGUCUCCAAGGAAAGUUUGGAGAAGAAAUAGGAAGUGACCAGUUUGGAGGCUGCAUUAUGUUUCAUGCUCCUGUACCUGGUACUAAUAUGGUAACUGGAAGAAUAGAAUAUGUAGAGGUAUUUCAUGCUGGCCAGGCUUUCCGGUUGGGGCGAUAUCCAAUACAUUGGCACCUGCUUGGAGAUUUACAGUUUAAAUCUUAUGUAAGAGGCUGCGCAAUUCACCAGACCUAUAACAGAGCUGUUACUAUCCAUAACACACAUCACCUUCUAGUUGAGAGGAAUAUUAUAUAUGACAUCAAGGGAGGAGCAUUUUUUAUAGAAGAUGGUAUUGAAUAUGGCAAUAUCCUGCAAUAUAACUUGGCAGUAUUUGUACAGCAAAGUACUAGCCUUCUGAAUGAUGAUGUGACCCCAGCUGCAUUUUGGGUAACCAACCCGAACAAUACCAUCCGGCACAAUGCAGCUGCUGGUGGCACUCACUUUGGCUUUUGGUACCGAAUGAACAACCACCCUGACGGGCCAUCCUAUGACCGAAACAUUUGCCAAAAAAGAGUUCCUCUUGGAGAAUUCUUUAACAAUACUGUUCAUUCUCAAGGUUGGUUUGGACUGUGGAUCUUUGAAGAAUAUUUCCCCAUGCAAACAGGAUCUUGUACUUCCACGGUGCCAGAGCCUGCUGUAUUCAACUCACUUACUACUUGGAACUGUCAAAAAGGAGCAGAGUGGGUUAAUGGCGGUGCCCUUCAGUUCCAUAACUUUGUGAUGGUAAAUAACAAUGAGGCUGGAAUCGAGACCAAGAGGAUUCUGGCUCCUUAUGUUGGAGGGUGGGGUGAAACCAAUGGAGCAGUGAUUAAAAAUGCCAAAAUAGUUGGUCAUCUUGAUGAACUGGGUAUGGGAUCUGCAUUUUGCACAACAAAAGGCCUGGUUCUUCCAUUUAGUGCAGGCUUGACUGUGUCUUCUGUGCACUUUAUGAACUUUGACCGUCCCAACUGUGCAGCUUUGGGGGUGACAUCCAUCACUGGAGUUUGUAACGAGAGGUGUGGAGGUUGGAGUGCAAAGUUCGUUGACAUCCAGUAUUUUGACACACCCAACAAGGCUGGCUUUCGAUGGGAACAUGAAGUGAUGCUGAUUGACAUUGAUGGUUCACUUACAGGAUACAAAGGACAUACUGUUAUUCCACACAGCUCAUUGUUAGACCCUUCCCAUUGCACUCAAGAAGCCGAGUGGAGCAUUGGGUUCGCUGGCUCAGUCUGUGAUGCCUCAGUCAGCUUCCACCGUUUGGCCUUCAACAAACCUUCCCCAGUAUCUCUGCUUGAAAAGGAUGUGGUUCUCUCAGACUCAUUUGGCACAAGCAUUGUUCCCUUUCAGAAGAAACGACUAACUCAUAUGUCUGGGUGGAUGGCUCUGAUUCCAAACGCAAAUCACAUUAACUGGUAUUUUAAAGACAUGGAUCACAUAACCAACAUAUCAUAUACAUCAACAUUCUAUGGAUUUAAGGAAGAAGACUAUGUAAUUAUAUCGCAUAACUUCACCCAAAAUCCUGAUAUGUUUAAUGUUAUUGAUAUGAGAAAUGGUUCUUUAAAUCCAUUGAACUGGAAUACUAGCAAGAAUGGAGACUGGCACCUUGAAGCAAACACCAGUACUCUAUAUUACUUGGUGUCAGGAAGGAAUGACCUUCAUCAGAGUCAGCCCACUUCUGGAACCCUGGAUCCUAAUGUGAAAGAUGUUACCAUUAAUUUCCAGGCUUACUGUUGUAUUCUCCAGGAUUGCUUUCCUGUAGAUCCCUCAUUAAGAAAACCAAUUCCCAGGAAGAGACCAGCCACAUAUAAUUUAUGGUCAAAUGAUUCUUUUUGGCAAUCAUCUCGAGAAAAUAAUUAUACUGUACCUCGCCCAGGAGCAAACGUGGUUAUUCCUGAAGGAACAUGGAUUGUAGCUGACACAGAUAUGCCACCAAUGGAAAGGCUCAUUAUUUGGGGAGUUCUAGAACUGGAAGAUAACUAUAAUGUGGGAGCUCCAGAGUCUUCUUACAGAAAAGUUGUUUUGAAUGCUACCUACAUAUCACUUCAGGGAGGUAGAUUAAUCGGUGGCUGGGAAGAUGACCCUUUUAAAGGAGAAUUAAAAAUUGUUCUUAGAGGAAAUCAUUCUACCCCAGAAUGGGCUCUUCCAGAAGGACCAAAUCAAGGGGCAAAAGUCUUGGGGGUGUUUGGUGAGCUGGAUCUUCAUGGAAUUCCACAUUCAAUAUAUAAAACUAAACUAUCAGAAACUGCAGAGGCAGGUUCCAAAGUCUUGUCUCUGAUGGAUGCUGUGGAUUGGCAGGAGGGAGAAGAGAUUGUGAUAACAACCACCAGCUAUGAUUCCCACCAGACAGAAACAAGAAGUAUCGUUAAAAUCCUGCAUAAUCACAAAAUUCUCAUUCUCAAUGAUAGCCUUUCCUAUACUCACCUUGCUGAAAGGUACCACGUCCCUGAAACAGGUCAGAGCUACACAUUAGCAGCUGAUGUUGGGAUACUGACUAGAAACAUCAAAAUAGUUGGUGAGGAUUACCCAGGUUGGGCUGAGGAUUCCUUUGGUGCACGAGUCCUGGUUGGCUCUUUCAGUGAAAAUAUGAUAACAUUUAAAGGAAGUGCAAGAAUAAGUAAUGUGGAGUUUUAUCACAGUGGUCAAGAAGGCUUCAGGGAUAGCAUAGAUCCAAGAUAUGCUGUAACAUUUCUUAACUUAGGGCAGAUUCAAGAACAUGGAGCAUCUUAUAUUCGAGGCUGUGCCUUUCACUAUAGCUUCUCCCCAGCAAUUGGUGUGUUUGGGACAGAUGGAUUGGACAUAGAUGAUAACAUCGUUUACUUUACAGUAGGGGAAGGCAUGAGAAUAUGGGGGGAUGCCAACCGGGUCCGAGGAAAUUUGGUUGCACUUUCAGUUUGGCCAGGAACCUACCAGAACAGAAAAGAUUUAAGUUCAACUCUCUGGCAUGCAGCAAUUGAGGUCAAUAGAGGAACCAAUACAGUCUUACAGAAAAACAUAGUUGCUGGAUUUGGAAGAGCAGGAUACCGCAUUGAUGGUGAACCUUGCUCAAGCCAGUCUAAUCCCACGGAAAAGUGGUUUGACAAUGAAGCCCAUGGAGGUUUGUACGGUAUCUAUAUGAACCAAGAUGGCCUUCCUGGGUGUUCUCUUAUACAGGGAUUUACCAUUUGGACAUGCUGGGAUUAUGGAAUUUAUUUUCAGACCACGGAGAGUGUGCACAUUUAUAAUGUGACCCUGGUUGACAAUGGAAUGGCCAUUUUUCCUAUGAUUUACACGCCAGCUGCUAUCUCACACAAAAUUGCCAGUAAAAAAGUACAAAUUAAGAGCUCAUUAAUUGUUGGAAGUAGCCCUGAAUUUAAUUGCUCUGAUGUCCUGACUGAUAAUGAUCCCAAUAUUGAACUCACUGUUGCCCAUCGGAGUCCUAGACCUCCAACAGGUGGUAGAAGUGGGAUUUGCUGGCCCACCUUUGCUUCAGCUCAUAACAUGGCACCCCGAAAGCCUCAUGCAGGGAUCAUGAGUUAUAACGCCAUUUGUGGCCUUUUGGAUGUCUCAGGUUCAACAUUUGUUGGAUUUAAGAAUGUUUGUUCAGGGGAAACUAAUGUGAUAUUCAUUACUAACCCUUUAAAUGAGGAUUUACAGCACCCAAUCCAUGUGAAGAAUAUACAACUCAUUGAUACUACUGAACAAUCAAAAAUAUUUAUACAUAGGCCUGAUAUAAGUAAGGCCAAUCCAUCUGAUUGUGUAGACAUGGUUUGUGAUGCCAAAAGGAAAUCUUUUCUGAGAGACUUGGAUGGCUCCUUUCUUGGGAAUCCUGGUUCAGUAAUACCUCAAGCAGAAUAUGAAUGGAAUGGAAACAGCCAACUAGGAAUUGGAGACUACAGAAUUCCUAAGGUGAUGCUCACAUUCUUGAAUGGAAGUAGAAUUCCUGUCACUGAGAAAGCACCUUAUAAAGGAAUUAUUAGAGAUUCAACCUGUAAAUACAUUCCAGAAUGGCAGAGCUAUGAGUGCUUUGGGAUGGAAUAUGCAAUGAUGGUUAUUGAAAGCCUGGAUUCUGAUACAGAAACUCGAAGACUUUCACCAGUAGCUGUAGUGAGCAAUGGUUAUGUUGAUCUCAUUAAUGGCCCACAGGAUCAUGGCUGGUGUGCUGGAUACACAUGCCAAAGAAGGCUGUCCCUGUUUCAUAGCAUUGUGGCUCUGAACAAGUCUUACGAAGUCUACUUCACUGGUACCAGUCCUCAGAAUCUUCGACUUAUGUUGCUUAAUGUUGACCAUAACAAGGCUGUUGUAGUAGGAAUUUUUUUUUCCACACUUCAGCGUUUGGAUGUCUAUGUGAACAAUUCAUUGGUCUGUCCCAAAAAUACAGCAUGGAAUGCCCAACAGAAAUAUUGUGAACUUAAUAAGCAUCUAUACACAGAGCAAUUCCUUCCUAACCUGGACUCCACUGUCCUUGGUGAAAACUACUUUGAUAGAACCUACCAGAUGCUUUACCUUUUGGUCAAAGGAACUAUACCUGUUGAAAUCCACACUGCCACAGUCAUAUUUGUUGCUUUCCAACUACCUACUGUAACAGAAGAUGACUUUUACAGCUCUCAUAAUCUGGUUAGAAAUCUUGCCUUAUUCCUGAAGAUACCAAGCGACAAAAUCCGUAUCAGCAAAAUAGUAAGAGGGAAGAGCUUGCGGAGGAAGAGAUCCACGGGAGUCACAAUUGAAUUAGAGAUUGGAGAUCCCCCCACUCAGUUCUUAAGCAAUGACACUACAGGUUCACUGCAAUUACCUGAACUACAGGAAAUUGCCAGUUCUCUUGGACAAGCUGUAAUUUUAGGAAAAACCGGUAACAUCCUUGGAUUUAAUAUUUCUUCCAUGUCUAUUACUAAUCCCCUCCCCAGCCCAGGUGACUCUGGCUGGAUUAAGGUGACUGCCCAGCCAGUUGAAAGGUCUGCAUUUCCUGUUCAUCACGUGGCCUUUGUGUCCUCACUCUUAGUGAUCACUCAGCCAGUGGCUGCACAGCCAGGACAGCCUUUUUCUCAGCAGCCUUCAGUAAAGGCGGUAGAUUCCGAAGGUAAUUGUGUUUCAGUUGGUGUUACUAUGUUGACUUUGAAGGCCAUACUAAAGGACUCCAAUAAUAACCAAGUCAGUGGUCUUACUGGAAAUACAACAAUUCCAUUUAGCAGCUGUUGGGCCAACUAUACAGACCUUACUCCUCUUAGAACAGGAAAAAACUAUAAGAUUGAAUUUAUACUGGAUAAUGUUGUUCGGGUAGAAUCCAGAACUUUCAACCUGCCAGCACAGUCUGUCUCUAGCAGCAGCAGCAGUGGCAGUAGCAGCAGCAGUGGCGGUGGCAGCAGCAGCAAUAGCAAAGCAACAACUGUGGGUACAUCUGCCCAGAUAAUGAGUACAGUAAUUAGCUGUCUGAUUGGAAAAAUGUUGCUCUUGGAAAUAUUUAUGGCGGCAGUUUUUGUUUUGAAUGUAACUAUAGGAUGCAACUGAAGUGCUAUUCUGAAGAAUGAGCUGAAAGCAAAAAUACAAGAAUAGCUUAUUUAUGAGCUAUUUUGUUAUACAACAUGGAAGAAUCUACAGCAUUUUCAAGAAAAUAUGCUAAAAAUAUUUUUGUAACAUAUAAAAUGUGCUAAUUAGCU